AUGACGGCGACGUCGUUGACCAACCGCCUCCGGGGACGCGCCAUUCGAUGGCUCGAGGACAACCGCGGGCUCGUAAUCGUUCUCUUCUGUCUUCCCGCCAGUCUUGUAUUUUUCCUACUUCUUUCCAUCUUUUUUUUUCAACUUUGUGCACUCAAGGGACAACUGUUCAGCUCUUCGAUCUGUUCAUCCAACUUCGAAUUUGGGUCCAAAGAAAGUUCUCCGCAAAGACGUCCCACGAGCAACGAGUUAAAGAUAUUCAGGAGCAGGUUCAGAGUUAUCCCAUUUAUCAUUCGACUGAAUAAUUUCUUUCUUUCAGGUGUUAGAAUGGAGCCGGUCGCCGGAGGAAAAUCGCAAACUUUUGUGCACCGCCCGUCCCAAUUGGCUCAGCUUGUCAACCACGUUUUUCAAUAAAGUGAGAAAAAUCUCUUUGGACCGAAAAUCUCUUUUUGACGCAAACUCGACCGGUGUUUCAGCAAAAUUAAUUUGUUUAUUAGAUCUUCGCAUUAAAAGUUCUUUUGAACUUCACGUCUGCUCUAAAUGACGAUUUUCGUUACGUUGAGCAAAUUUUUCAAAUUGAAUGAGAGGAAGCCUUCAAAAUGCAUUGCAAUAAAAAAGUCUUUUAGUUAGGAACUUUUAUUGCAUUCACGGCUUACUUGGUAUGAAUUCACGUGGCGGUUGAAGAACAAAACCAUUGCAAUAAAUGGUCGAACGGUUUUUUUUAUAAAUUAGAAACCUUUUUUAACAGGCGCGGUUUUUGAUAUUUUUGAAACCUUUUGAUCUGUAAAAUUAUUUCAAGAAAAAAGAAGAAAAAUAAAAAGAGAAUCAUGCUAGUUUUAUUCGCAUUAUAAGUAGGGAGAAUGUUCGUAACUUUUUUCAAGUUUUGUAAGUAGAAAAAACAACAAUAUGCAGACAGGAAUGUUAUAAGCAGAACCAGCGACACGAAAAAGUUAUUUGAAAAUAGUGCACAGUGCAAAAAAUAAGACGACAGCGCUCUAGCCCAGCAGAAGGGAACUCAUCAGAACGAUGACUCCGACGAAGGCGGCCACGGCGAAGGCGAUCAGGGACACGUAUCGCACGAACCACGACGCUUCUUCUUCUCGCUGCAAACAUCUUUCCCCUGUCCCCAUCGAAAGGGCAAGACUUACGCUGCUGAAACAGCCUGGGAUCGUCGGAUUGACGCUUCUUCCUUCAGACGCCUCCUGUGUGUCCGUCGAAGUAUCCUCCGGGGCCACUGUUAUGUUUCUAUCUGUAGUCGCUCUCAUUUCGAAAAUGAGCAACGUCUCUUUCGAUCACGUCAUUGUUUUUAUCCAGCUUGGAACGUCGAGUCACUACUCUACAGAAUUUUUGCAAAGUGCAGGGCCUAUGGCGGAAUUCUGCAAAAAAGCUUCAUGCAUUUUGCAAAUCCGUGCUUUGCAUUUUGCACUUUUUUUCGUCUGUACAAAAGUGAGCCCAAAAAGAAAUGCAAAAUGCGAGGCUCUUCUGGGCAAAAUGCAAAGCUCUGAUCUGCAGAAUGCAUGCAACUUUUUUUGCAGAAUGCCAGCAUAGGCACUGCACUUUGCACGAUUUCAGUAGAGUUUUUGGACUAUAAUCACUAUACUUUGCUUUUAGUCACGAAUCGACUAGUCGAUGAAAAAGUCAAGCUUCUUCAGCAAAAACCUUAGGCGAUUCAGAUAUUCUAAAAAAAAGUCUCAUAACUUGAGAGGGUGCAAACCUCCACUUUUUGCUGAACGGUUGAAGAACUCCAGUAAAUUUGGGCUUAAGCUGACAAUACCUAUCUUUUUUCUUUUGCACAUAAUUCACCUGAGAAGCUUUUUUUUCUCGACUUAUAAUAUGGUUAUUAUCAAAUAUGUUUCCAGAAAGCCUGUCGACAAGUGCUCAUCGAUCUUCACGAACCACUUCAUCUUGAUGAGAAGAGCUUGACCGUGACAGUUGAGCCGAAUGUGACGGUCCGAGAGAUCUGCAAGUUCCUCAUUCCUAAGUGAGAAGGAGAGCCAGAAGCUUUGCGAACCGCUUUGCAGGGGCUACACCCUCGCCGUAACUCUUGAAAUCGGCGACGCCACUCUCGGAGGACUUGCCUUCGGAGUCGGCAUGACCACCUACUCUCACAAAGUUCCCAUUUCCUCUUUUUCAAGUCUUGUGAAAUAACUGUUGAUUCAAAACAUCUCCUAGGUUGGUCUGUACCAAGAAACAAUUUUGGAGUACGAGCUAGUGACGUCAUCCGGCGAGGUAAUCAAAGUAACGAAAGAUAAUGAACAUUCUGACCUUUUCUACUGCUUGCCAUGGUAAUAAUCUUGGCACCUGCAUGAAAAACUUGACGAAAUUUUAAGGUCACAUGGUACUUUGGGUUUUUUGGUCGGUCUGAAGCUACAGAUUAUCCGUGUGAAGCCCUACGUCCACAUGAAGUACAUUCCAGUAUGCGAGCCAAACUAAUCUGACGAAUUCUCGCCUUUUCCAGUGUUUCUCGCAAGAGGAGUACUGCCAGAAGAUGAUGGAACUGUCUGGAGCUCUCGACAAGGUGAGAUCUCUCGUCGACGAUUCUGGAAAGUGUGACGUCAGAACGCUGCAGUGGCGGAUUACGUCGAGGCGACCAUCUACGACAAGGACAACGCCGUCAUCAUGCUCGGCAACUUCGCCCACGUCGAUUCCCUCGACAAAUGGCUCAAGGUAUAUUUUCCACGCAAACAAAGAACAUCGAGUCGAUUAUUUUCUCCAGUUUUACUAACUUUUUGGGACGGUAUGCAAGAAAUUAGUGAAUUUUACCCAUAAACGGCAACUUUUCAUAGGCCGGUAUGAAACUUUAUCAUAUAAUAAGAUUGUUAUCAUUUGCCUUGACACAACGUUUUUAUGUUAAGUUGAAAAUCAAGCCGUUUUUGUGAACUUUUUUUUACUGAUUAUGGCCAAACCUAUAUAUAUAUAUAUAAUGUUUGAUGUUUAUUCAAACUAUUUACCACAUAAAUUUUGAAGUUUUAUCAGUGAAAUGGUCCAUCGUCAAAUUCGACUCGCCCAAGGAUGUUCUAGUGAGUCAUUUGCCAGGUGAACGACGUCUGUCGCUGGUGGAAGCCGUGGUUCUACAAGCACGUCGAGUCGUUCCACCCGCGGGGCGGCGAGGAGUUCAUUCCUCUCGAGUCGUACCUUUUGCGACACAACCGCGCCAUCUUCUGGGUUCUCGAGAGCAUGAUUCCUUUCGGCAACCAUCCUCUCUUCAGGUUCACUUCUAGUUUUUAUCAAAACUAAUUUUCAAAAGUUGCUGUUAAGUGAUAUAUAAUGUUACCGUAAUAGGCAGUAUCCAGGUCAUCGAUCAUUAGAGGUGGGUUCUCAUUGAAAAUGAAAGAUUUUUAGACUUUCUUUUUUUUCCUACGUAUUUCUUUAGUAAAACCAGGGCGUUUUUAUAGAAAAACGGCAAACAUUGAAAUGAAACUUCUUUGGUUAAAUAGUUGAUAUUCUGCUGGGAUCAGUAUGAAAAUGUAUUAGGUUGAAUCGGUUAGGUUAGAGAAAAACUCUUUCUGGUUAUGUUCACUUGGAAAACUACUAAAUUUUUGAAUAUAUUUCCAAAUUCUGAACCUUCCGUCUGCAGAGCGUUGAUCGGCUGGCUGUGUCCACCGAAACCGGCAUUCCUCAAGUUCACGACAACGCAGGCGGUCCGCGAAAUGACUUUUGCCAAGCAGGUGAUUGACAAAACAGAGGAGGUUUCUGGACGGUUGCCAGGUGUUCCAAGACAUCGUCAUGCCGCUCAACACCUUGAAGGAGCAGGUUGACACGGCGAUGGAGCUCUUCGACACGCUUCCGCUUCUCGUGUACCCUUGCAGAGUCUACGACCACCAGCGAGGUCCGCAGGGGCAGCUCAGGUGAGCGGAAACAACCUGCUAGCUGAGGAAAGAAUUGAACUAUGGAAUCGGAAAAAAAAGUUCUUAUGCUAUUUGAUAUUUUCGUGCGUCUCUUGAUCUUUACGAUUUGAAGCAAUUUGGUUUCUUUGAGUUCUUUUUAACUCGCUCAUAUGCAUUUGAAAAAAUAUUUUAUUUUUUUUUCAGUUUUGUAAUUCUAUUUUAUCAGUGUAUCAGCGUUUAGUCCGACUAGAUGCAUAAUGAAAAAUCGCUCUUGAAAAAUCCUCCUGCAAACUUUGAGUCCUAAUCUUUCAUCUAACCUUCACCUUUUCUUGGCAUUGAGAACAUUUUCAGGGCUCCUAAUGAAUCGCUCUUAGUUCCCGGGACGAACUACGCCAUGUUCAACGACCUCGGUGUGUACGGAACUCCUGGACCGGUGAAGAGACGGGAACACUACAACCCGACACGUGCUAUGCGCGCCAUGGAAAAGUUCUCAUUUAGCAGUUUAUUCCCGACUACUAAAAUAGAAAGCGGCCUGGGGUAGGAGGGUAGCACAAUUAGUUACAUAGAAGCUAAAAGGCUUUGUGUUAGAGGAAUCGUACUGCUGAACCAAGAAGCUUCGGAAUGAAUAAAAGAAAGUUUUGCAAAUUGGUUCGCAGAUUCACGCGUGACGUCGGCGGCUACUCGUUCCUUUACGCCGACAUCUUCAUGAGCGAAUCGGAGUUCAACACAAUGUUCGACAUGACCCUGUACGAAAAGGCGAGUGAGCAGUAACUGUGCAGAGAUCAUAGAAAAGGUUGCAGUGUCGCAAGCUGUAUCAGUGCGACGGAGCAUUCCCGCGACUAUUCGACAAAGUCAAGCCUGAAAUAGACGUCAUAGCCAUUGGAGAAACCUACGGGAAGAAACAAGACUAG